AUGACAGCGACUUUGGCAAACACCGAAAAGUCCAAGCGGACGAGAACUAACGUAAAGCAGUCUAAAUUUGGCUGCUUUACAUGCAAAGCUCGACGCGUUAAGUGUGAUGAGGCAAAACCUACAUGUCAACGAUGUCGGACUUCAAAGCGCGAGUGUAAAGGUUAUCCCAAAGGCGCCUAUCCUGAUUCACCGCCUGAGACCCCAUCAACGAACUCACUAAUCCCCCUGUCGGCCUCAUUUUCAUCACCAAUAAUCUUGACACCAAACUCAUCAAGAUCCAAUUCACCUAUAACUGUACUGAGUUUCGACCCUUAUCAUCUUUCAAAUCCUUUUAUCGAUAUCGCUUGCGGUGUUCUUGUUCAGAGUCCUCGACGUGCCAGAAAUGAUGUCGAGCAAACGUUUUGGUCUCGGACAGUACCUCAAUUGGCUCAUGCCAUCCCUUCAGUACGAGCUGCGGUAGAAGCUUUUGGUGCAUCUUACAAUGAAUACGUUCUGAAGGUAGAUUCACCAUGUUCUGGUCUGGAAACAACAAAGCGGUAUACACAGGCUCUGAGGCUUGUGCAGCAUGACCUAGCCACACUGCCACAUGGACCCGUCCCGUGUAUCAUCGCUUGUCUCUUCCUCGCAUUCUCAGAAGCCAUGCAACAAAAGUUAAACACAGGGCUUACGCAUCUCCUUGGAGCAUUCUCAGUCAUGCUCUCCCAGACUAACAAGAAACUAUUGGCGGACGUGGAUACCAAGAGUCUUUCGUUACUUUUGCAAAAGCUUGACCUCCAUGUCCCAACAUACGGGGUAUGCCAUCCUCCCGAAUUGCCUCCAUUCCCAUCAGUUUCCGAAAACGUCGUCGAGUCUUACGCGCCCGAUGAAGCACUGUUUAAGAUUCUUCAUUCGUGCUUCCACUUCAACGCCCGUGCUGUUCGAUACAAGUAUACCAGUCGCCGAUUGAUUCCGCCAGAGAUGCUCAUCGAACAAGGUCGCCAACUCGCGGCUCUAAAACAAUGGUUAUCACACAAUGAGCUUCCUCCAAACUGGGACGCUGAGUCUUGCGAAGCUCUAGUAGUCCUUCGUGCCCAAUGCCUCGCUGCGCUCAUCAAUACUGCGAAUAUUCUCGAUCCUCGCGAAAAGGCUUAUGAUUGUUACGGUCCUGAAUUUCAAGAAAUUAUUACGACAAUCCAGGCUUUACUUCUGGACAGGGAACUACGCGCUGAUCCUUUUGGCGACGCGUUUGGCGCUUUGCCGUCCUUCAUUCCGGAGAUGGGAAUCAUACACCCUUUAUACUUCACCGCCAAGAAAUACCGAAACGCAUUCUGGCGCCGCAAAGCCCUGAGCUUAAUUCUUCGAUCAGGAAAGGAAGGACCAUGGUGCGCCGAAACAGAGAGCUCAAUAACUGCGACCAUCAUCAGGAGAGAAGAAGGGACCUUUGACAGAGAUUCUUUGAAUCUGUUGAGAAGUGAGGAUCCCAAAAUGGAUGCACCGUCUAAUAUUCCCGAAGAGAAAAGAAUCAACGCAUGCUGGACCAUCGAUGAGAACGGUGAGGAAGGCGAGCCUGAUCGAGUCACAAGGAAGAGGUUUACCAAAGGUCUAUUUUAUAGAUGUAUCGACAUAGACGCGCUAUUGGCUGAUGAUGAGGCGCAAGCAGCGCGUUCUUGGCCGUGGUGUGAUUCCAAAUGGUGGGAGGAGUGGAGAGAAAGUCUCCAGGAGAUUCUCUGA